GCAAGGAGUGAGGGAGCAGGAGGGGAGGAGAGGAGGAGCUCAGUCCUUUGUCCAGUGGCAACAGCACACUGCACUUCACUGCGCGCCAUGCCGCCUCACCGCUACACCGCCAGCAGCUCCGCCACAGUUCAAAGUGAGUCUCCUGCUGCAGCAGCGGCUCGAUACUACGGAGAACCACACAAGUUUGAUCCGUCAUUUAGAGGUCCGGUCCCCAGAAGAAGCUGCACUGACGUCUUGUGCUGUGUGAUCUUUAUCAUUGUCAUCCUCUCAUAUGUGGCUUUGGGAAUAGUGGCCUGGUUACAUGGAGACCACCGGAAGAUUCUCCAUCCAACAGACAGUUACGGUCACUUCUGUGGACAGAAGGAAACGUCCAACGCGGAGAAACCCAUUCUGUUCUACUUCAACAUCCUUAAAUGUGCCAGCCCGGCUGUUCUCAUCAACCUGCAGUGCUCCACGACUCAGAUGUGUGUGUCACAGUGUCCAGACAAGUUUGCCACCUACACUGACAUGCAGCUGCAACACAGCAUCAACAAGAGUCACUGGGAAUAUUAUAAACAGUUCUGUAAGACUGGAUUCAAUAAUCCUGACAAGCCAAUGUCUGAGGUUCUAAGGGAUGAGGACUGUCCCUCUAUGAUCAUACCCAGUAAACCAUUUCUGCAGAGGUGUCUUCCAGACUUCAGCACUCUGAAUGGAACAGUGACUGUAGCAAACAAAACCAGGUUUCUCGAUGCUCUGGAAAUUCCCCACAGUGUCACUGAACUCCAACAAGCUGCCAGGGGAAUAACAGGAUUGGUGGACACAAAGGAAAUGAGCAUGAAGGUUAUGGAAGAUUAUGCCAAGUCAUGGGUCUGGAUACUCAUAGGUCUGCUUCUUUCCCUGGCUGUUAAUCUGGUUUUCAUUCUGCUGCUGAGGUUCACAGCAGGUCUGCUGUUGUGGUCCAUCAUCAUCACUGUAAUACUGCUUCUGGCAUACGGUAUGUGGUACUGUUACACGGAAUAUUCCCAGCUCAAAGACAGACCAGGUUCUGAUGUGGCCCUCACAGAUGUCGGCCUGCAGACUGACUUGCAUGUCUAUCUACAUCUAAGACAGACAUGGGUCAUAUUAAUGGCAUCUCUGGGAGUGACAGAAACGAUCAUCUUGGUUAUGUUUAUCUUUCUGAGGAGAAGAGUCCGAGUGGCCAUCGCUCUGCUCAGAGAGGCUAGCAAAGCCAUUGGUCACAUCAUGUCCACACUGUUCUUUCCAGUCCUUAUCUUUCUAUUGCUGACAGUCUGCAUCUCAUACUGGGCAGUUACUGCCAUUCACCUGGCCUCUUCAGGUGAAGCCAUCUACAAAGUGAUGUCUCCUGAUGUAACCUGUCCCUAUGCCAACAAUACAUGCAGGCCUGAGACCUUUAACAGAACCAACAUCUCCACAUCAGCCUUGUGUAUCGGCUCUCAGUGUCUGUUUGCCUUCUACGGUGGGGAGACGUCCUAUCACCACCACCUCUUCCUGCUGCAGCUCUUCAACCUGCUGGUCUUCCUCUGGCUGCUCAACUUCAGCCUGGCCCUAGGGCAAUGUUCGCUGGCUGGGGCAUUUGCCAGCUACUACUGGGCCCAGAGGAAGCCUCAGGAUAUCCCACCAUGUCCACUCUUCUCAUCAUUCAGCAGGACUAUCAGGUAUCACACAGGCUCUUUAGCAUUUGGAGCUUUAAUUCUUUCAAUAGUACAACUGCUGCGGAUCAUACUGGAAUAUCUGGAGCAAAAACUAAAAGGUGCUAACAACAGCCUAUCCAGGUUCAUGAUGUGCUGUCUGAAAUGCUGCUUCUGGUGUCUGGAGAAAUUCAUACGUUACCUGAACCAUAAUGCUUAUAUCAUGGUGGCGAUCUAUGGUAGAAACUUCUGCACCUCAGCCAGAGAAGCAUUCUUCCUGCUAAUGAGAAAUGUGGUUAGGGUUGCAGUUCUGGACCGAGUGACAGACCUUCUGUUGUUUCUGGGCAAAGUGGUGAUAGCAGGAGGAGUUGGUGUAUGUGCCUUCUUUUUCUUCACUCGGAAGAUCCCUUUUGCCCAAGAAGAAGUACCCAAUCUCAACUAUUACUGGGUGCCCCUGCUGACUGUGGUGAUAGGUGCUUACCUGAUAGCUCAUGGUUUCUUCACUGUCUAUGCCAUGUGUGUUGACACACUCUUCCUGUGCUUCUGUGAUGACUUAGAAAGAAAUGAUGGCAGUUUAGAAAAACCUUUCCAUAUGUCUCCAGAGCUGCACAGAAUCCUGGAAAAACCCCACCAGCAGCGGUGACAUUCUGUACUCUAUGUUCUCCACAUAGCUCCAGCAGCAGCCGGAUCAGAAUUUGUUUGACUGCUGAAAACUACUGAAAAGCCAUGAGCAGCCAACCAGGUCCCCACACUGAUGAAUAUAACACUGGACACCUCUGGAGAUACUAAAGGCCCCAUGUCAUGAUAUUAUGAAAACUUAAAACAUACCCAGAUAGCAUACUAUUAGAAUUAAAAGUAAUAAUACUACUACUAUAUUUGAUACAUUGUGUAUUUGUGUCUAAAUGAGACAACAACUCAUUCAAGGACCAAUUUAUGAUAAAAAGUAAGACUUAACAAACAUUUUACCAACAUCCUGGAGCAACAACAUACACAGGUUUUUAUGCAACCACAGCUCCAGGCAGCCACCUCAGCAAUGCCACACAAAACAAGCACCAUUUGGAUUCCAUUCCAGACAAUAAGAAGUAUAAUCACUUUUGCAGGCUUAUUUCUUAUCUCUUACUCUCAGACACCUUAUCAACAACGUUCACAGCCUUCUGCAACUGGCUCAAGAGCCACAUAUUUACUGUCUGGUUAAGGAAGAAGAGUUGCUGUGUCACUAUGGGUGAGCUGAUUCCAUUUACUGCGCAUAUGACCUUCAAACUGUGGCGAGCGGAUUUACACCUAACAACUAAGUGCGCAGCCUGCCAGAUUAUUAAAAGGCCAAAAGACUCAUCCUCCCCGUCGGGGAAUUGAACCCCGGUCUCCCGCGUGACAGGCGGGGAUACUCACCACUAUACUAACGAGGAGUUGUGAUCUACUUGCCUUACCACAAAUAAGAGAAUCCUACGGUUUGGGGCCUUACUGCACAUUGCCAUUCAGAAUUGUACCAAAAUAACUGAAUGAGAACUGGAUGAUCCUAAACUGGGGGAUGCUACAGUCAGACUGUGAUUGGUCUCCACUACAACAAGGGCAAGGGGCUGCUGUACUUGUUCAAUCCCUCCCAGGACUUUACCAUUCCAAACCAUACCGUACUCAGUAGGAAAUGCCCCCUAUAACACGGUCCAUAUGACUCCUAGUUUAACAUUUAGAGACGAAAGAGGAGGUUUGGUCUCUAAAGUGUAAGGUUUGUCUCUGUGUUGAGCAUGAUUUGAAAACAUCAGUUGACAUGAGAAACGCAAAAUUAGCAUGUGACACAAUAGCAAAAGAUGCAUUGUCAGACUUAAUAGGACAAUGGCAGAUGUAAUGCAGAGCAACUUUGAAUGGUACCGUAUUUUCCGCACUAUAAGGCGCACCGGAUUAUAAAGCGCACCGGAUUAUAAGGCGCACCGGAUUAUAAGGCGCAUAGAAUAGACGCUACAGUAGAGGCUGGGGUUACGUUAUGCAUUCAUUAGAUGGAGCUGCGCUAAAGGGAAUGUCAACAAAACAGUCAGAUAGGUCAGUCAAACUUUAUUUAUAGAUUACAAACCAGCGUUCUGACAACUCCGUUUACUCCCAACAUGAAUAAACAGCUGUUUUAUGUGAUGUGGUAUUUCGUUUAUCUUUUAACAACAGCAGGGUAUAACAUGUAGCGCAACAUUUAUAUCACAUAGUGGAGGGGAACUUUUCCUGGAUUCAAUAAACACGUAAAAAACAGUCUGAUACUGUUACGGUAAAUCAAACGUUAGUGCUAUCACAAUAUAGUAACACUCGAAAUAGUGCAAAGCAAUAACAAUAUAUAAAUAACUCAACGUUGCUCAAACGUUAAUGUCACACAACACAACACACAAAAUAAACAUGUAAAGCUCACUUUAUCAAGUUAUUCCUCAUCCGCGAAUCCCUCGAAUUCUUCUUCUUCAGUGUCCGAAUUAAACAGUUGGGCGAAUACGGGAUCCAACAUGCCCGGCUCCGUCUCGUCCAGAUUAUACGGCGCACUGUCGGCUUUUGAGAACAUUUGAGGUUUUUAGGUGCGCCUUAUAGUGCGGAAAAUACGGUACAUGUGCACCCUUUCUCUGAUCUAACUUGAGGAUGUUGUAAGAAUCAGUGCCAACUGGCUUUCGCUAACAAGAGUUUGAAUAUAAAUGUGUGUGAAAAAUGUU